UGUAAAGAAAAGUUGAAAGCUUGCAAGAUCUGGAAACCCUAGGAGAAAGAAACAGAUCUUUGAGUGUGAUUCCAUGGAUUUCAUUACUCCGCAUCACCAAGGGAAUAGUCUUGAUUCCGUGAGCGGCGGCGGGGGAUUGGUGGCGAGCUCGAACUCCUCCGCCGCCGCCGUCCUUCAUCACGCUGCAGCGGCGCCGCCGCCGCCGCCGCUGAGCCGGUACGAGAACCAGAAGCGGCGGGACUGGAACACGUUCUGCCAGUACCUGCGCAACCACAGGCCGCCGCUGUCGCUGCCGCUGUGCAGCGGCGCCCACGUGCUGGAGUUCCUGCGCUACCUCGACCAGUUCGGGAAGACUAAGGUUCACAACCACAACUGCCCCUUCUUCGGAAUGCCGAAUCCGCCGGCGCCGUGUCCCUGCCCGCUCCGGCAGGCUUGGGGCAGCCUCGACGCGCUCAUCGGACGUCUCCGCGCCGCCUACGAGGAGCACGGCGGCAAACCCGAGUCCAACCCGUUCGGCGCCCGCGCCGUGCGGCUCUUCCUCCGCGACGUCCGGGACUUCCAGUCAAAGUCUAGAGGGGUCAGCUAUGAGAAGAAGCGGAAGCGCUCGGCGGCGGCGGGUAAGCGUAAUUUGGCGGCGGAUCAACCUCCUCCGGCGAGUAGUCCCGCCGCGCAAUUCUGUGGACACCCAAAUAAUUUAGAGUGAACUUUAUUUUUAUGCAAAACAUGAAAAGUAUCUUCUUCUGGCAAAGUGGUUUCGAAUUUCAUAACGCCUCUUAAUCUCUUAUUACCAUAAUUUUUAUUAUUAUUAAAAAAAAUGGUAAUAAUAUUAAAAGAAAA